AUGGCAUCCGCGCCUGCAUCGACGUCGCCACAGGAGGAACUACUGCCGCACCCCGUAAAGGAGCAGCUACCCGGCGUGUCGUAUAUGCUCACCUCUCCUCCCCCGUGGCUCAUGGCCAUCGUUCUCGGGUUCCAGCACUACCUCGUCAUGCUCGGCACCACCGUAAUAAUCCCCACUGCCCUCGUCCCCCAGAUGGGCGGCGGUAAUCAUGAGAAGGCGCGGGUAAUCCAGACACUGCUGUUCGUAGCAGGGAUCAACACGCUGCUGCAGACCUUAUGGGGCACGCGCCUGCCCACCGUCAUCGGCGGCUCCUAUGCUUUCGUUGCGCCAACCAUCUCCGUCAUCGUCGCCGGCCGAUACAACGGAAUCACCGAUCCCCACGAGAAAUUUGUGCACAUCAUGCGUGGGACACAGGGCGCGCUUAUAGCCUCCUCCGCACUGCAAAUCGUUCUGGGGUUCAGUGGGCUGUGGCGAAUUAUCGUCAGGCAGCUGAGCCCACUGUCUGCAGCGCCCUUGGUCGCGCUUGUUGGGUUUGGGCUCUACGAGCAUGGAUUUGCAAGUGCCGCCAAAUGCAUAUGGAUUGGUCUUCCAGAGAUUGUACUGCUGGUGGCUCUUUCUCAGGUUCAGGCAAUCAACUAUUACAUCAGACGCAUUCCCGUCAUAACAUCUGUUGCCGUCGUGUGGCUUUAUGCAUUCUUCCUUACUAUUGGAGGGGCUUAUAAAAAUGCUGGUCCAGAAACCCAAUCCCACUGCCGUACCGAUCGAUCAGGCCUUGUUGGGGCUGCUCCGUGGAUUAGUAUACCAUACCCAUUCCAAUGGGGUGUGCCAACAUUCCAUGCUCGUGAAGCUUUCGCCAUGACGGCAGCUUCUUUUGUUGCUCUUGUGGAGUCUACUGGUGCGUUCAUUGCGAGCGCACGGUUUGCCGGUGCAACACCCUGCCCUCCUUCUGUAAUGAGCCGUGGUGUUGGUUGGCAGGGGAUUGGUAUUUUGCUGGGCGGCUUACUUGGAACCGCUAAUGGAUCCUCUGCAUCUGUAGAGAAUGCUGGAUUGCUAGUUCUGACACGAAUUGGUAGCCGACGCGUGGUGCAAAUUUCCGCUGGAUUUAUGAUACUCUUCUCCAUCUUUGGGAAAUUUGGAGCUUUUUUUGCGUCAAUUCCAGGCCCAAUAUUUGCAGCUAUAUAUUGCCUUCUCUUUGCAUAUGUUGGUACGGGAGGGAUCACGUGCCUUCAGUUUUGCAACCUUAACAGCUUCCGAACAAAAUUCAUCCUUGGAUUCUCCAUGUUUAUGGGAUUGUCGGUUCCGAAGUAUCUCAAGGAUUACAAUUUGGCAGGUCAUGGCUCAUUGAACCCAUGGGUCACUGACAUGAUCGAGGCGGUAUUCUCGUCCGAAGCAUUUGUCGGAGGCGUUGUGGCCUAUUUCUUGGACAACACCCUGAACAGAAAUGACCGCACCAUCAGGAAGGACCGAGGACAACAUUUCUGGGACAGGUUCAAGUCCUACAAGACAGACCCACGCAGCGAGGAGUUCUAUACCCCCGCCACUUCGAUUCGCUGUCUCCAGGAACGCUUCCCGCUCUAUUGA